CAUGGUCACGCCAUAUUUGAUUACUUGCCUCCUGCGUUGGGCUCAAGGUCACCUUUCUUCCCCGCGCCAGACGCUUGUUGGCUUUUACUCACUCCUCUUUUUACAAAGCUCAGAUUUGCCCUGCAAUCAGGUGUGCACUGGAGCUUCUUUUGCCUCUCUUACUCCUCUUUUCGGUCAUUCAUUCGGGCCCGUUAUGUCGUACCUCCUGUAUCACAGGGUGAUGAUGGCGAGAGCGGACGCAAUGCACUUUUUGCGGCAAUCAAUCGCGGGGAGGCAAUUACAUCCGGUUUGAGGAAAGUCACCGAUGAUAUGAAGACUCACAAGAACCCGGCAUUGCGUGCCGCGCAAACCACCCCGAUCAAGCCACCGAAGCCAACUCAACAACAAACGGAGACUCAAAACCGAACUCCAUCUGCACCAGCCAAGGGUGUGCUGGAGCUUCGGGAAAACAAAUGGAAGACCGGAGUUGUUUUCGAGCACUUGAUUUCUUCACUGGACGUUGUAAACUGCCAAAGCGUUCAAGUACAAUCUAUGGGACAGUUGGCCACAGUGAACAUUGACAAAACUGACGGUUGUCAAGUAUAUUUGAGUGCGGACUCAAAGUUUGCCAAUGUUAUCACGGCUAAAUCCUCAGAGAUCAAUAUGCUGAUUCCCAAAGAUGAUGGCGAGUUUGUAAGUUACUUCCGAACUUCACUGAUCGCUGCCAAACUCAUAAUGCAUACAAGAUAA